CGCGCAGACUUUAAUACUGGCUAAAAUGCAGGUCCCUGGGCCCUGUCCCUAAACAUCCAGAACCCCAGACACUGUCUGGAAGACUAGUUUGGACCAGCAGGCAAGGCUGGAAGCGUUCUAGAGGCCCGCGGCAGGGUGGAGAAGGGGUGAGAGAGCAGGACCCAGGCUUUGGAAAGUUUUAAGGGCGGGAGCCCGCCAUUGAGAGCAUCUGGAAGCCUCUGAGCACAGCGGCUCCCUAAGAGCGAAUGUAGAUAAAAACCAAACUCCAAAACUGCCCUCCCUGGGCGGCCUGCAGGAGCCCGGGGGAUGAAAGGAUCCAUCGCAUAGGUUCCCAGAGCGCCCCAUACAGCUCUCAGCAAUUCCCUCCGGCUCAGGGGAAGAUGUGUCCUAGCAAUUGAGCUGAAUAACAGAAAGUUGGAAGUAAUACCUAAACCUACUUCUGGACAUGGUGUUAAGACAGAGUUUUUGCUGAAAGUUUGAGUUACACAGAAACCAUGGUUCGACUGACUCUGGAUUUAAUUGCCAAAAGCAACAAUCUUAAACCCCGAAAAGAAGAAACAAUCACACAAUGCCUGAAGAAAAUAACGCAUGUGAAUUUUUCGGACAGAAAUAUAGAUGCCAUUGAUGACCUCUCUCUUUGCAAAAGCCUGAGUGUCUUAUAUUUAUACGAUAACCGCAUUAGUCACGUCACUAACCUGAAUUAUUCCACCAAUCUGACCCACCUGUACCUGCAGAACAACUGCAUUUCCUGCAUUGAGAACCUCAGGUCACUAAAGAAACUGGAAAAACUGUAUCUGGGAGGCAAUUACAUUGCGGUCAUAGAAGGUUUGGAAGGACUGGAAGAAUUGAGGGAGCUUCAUGUUGAGAGCCAGAGGCUUCCCCUGGGAGAAAAGCUUCUGUUUGACCCGAGGACUCUUCGUUCUCUAGCAAAAUCCCUCUCUGUUUUGAAUAUCGGCAACAACAACAUUGAUGACAUAAAGGACUUAGAGAUGCUGGAGAAUCUCAAUCACCUGAUCGCGGUUGACAACCAGCUGGUACACGUGAAGGAUUUGGAGCUUUUACUGAAAAAACUGUUAAAGCUGUGGAAAAUAGAUCUAAAUGGAAAUCCUGUUUGUCUUAAGCCAAAAUACAGGGACAAAGUGAUACUGAUGUCCAAGUCACUGGAAUUUCUUGAUGGAAAAGAAAUCAAAGGUAUGGAAAGACAAUUCCUAAUGAACUGGAAAGCGUCCAAAGAUGCCAAGAAGACCAGCAAGAAAAAGAACAGUAAAAGUGAGGAUCCCAGCAGCUCCUACCUGAGUAACUUUGAAACAAUACAUCACAUAGUUCCUGUUUAUUACCCACAGGUGGGUAAUCCAAAAGUAGUCUUUUUCUCUGAUGUACAGAGAUACUUUGUAAAUGGAACUCCAUCUUCAGAAUGUCCCCAAGAAGAUAAAACUAAAAUCACUGAAGACAUGGGGAAUCUGUCCUUGAAGGAAUCUGAAAGCUUGCUAACAAAAAAUGAUAUCCAUGAACCUCACCUUCUCUGAAACCCAAAAGUAAAGGAAAAUGUGUAUGAGGAAAUGGAGUAAAUUCAGCGCUGCGUGGUUUGAUUUCUUCCUAGAACUAGGCAACAGCGUGUUGUGAGGGUUUGUAAACUUCAGUUAUCUCGGUGUAUAAGUUCUUGUUCGAUUUGUUUCUUUAUAGAAUCUGAGACUUUACUUUCCGUGUGUGAAUUCCGGGAUCUAUUUACUUUAUUAGUUGUUAAAUAAAAUUUACCAGGAAA